GCACGCAGGCGAGUUGGUAUCCCCAAGGUCAAAUACGAGCAAACUGUGCCAUAGGUAUGAAAUGCACGCUUUGAUCGAGUUGUACGGGGCACUGACCAGAACUUUACACUCCAGGAACGUUUCGAAAAAUGCUGCUUUAAUUCACAGUUUAAGUUAUGCAAUAAUUAGCUUAAAAGCAUGUGUUACAUGGACAAGAGAAGCCUGAAGGUCAGAGACCAGAAAUGAGUGGAACGCUAUCUUAAGCCAAAAAAAGUGUAAUUUUUAUAUAAUACUACUUAGAUGAAGAAAGGUAAAAAAAGAAAAAAAAUUCCAAUGAUAAUUAUCCCAUUCAGACAUUAGUGAAUAUGUCACUCAAUCCAAGUCGACCUUCCUCAUCAGAGUUGGUGGAACUUCAUGUUUUUUAUGUCCCUGAGGGAUCGUGGAACUAUAAGCUAAAUACCAUUUCAACAGAAGUUGUUAACAGAUUCAUUUCAGCUGGAUUUCUGAGAGUAUCUCCUCAACUUACUUUACAAGCCCUGAGGGAGCGUCUGGGUGAGUUCCUGGGUGAAGAUGCUAUUGCAGAAAAAUUUUUGUUUCUGAAAUGCAUUGGAAAUAAUUUAGCUGUGGUGAAGGAAAAGCAAGAAUCAGAACUGAAACUCAGAUCAUUUACUCCUCCAUAUGCUCUUCAACCAGAAUUAUAUUUGCUUCCUAUAAUGGACCACUUAGGAAAUGUUUAUUCACCAUCAUCAACAGUUAUUUUGGAUGAGCGGCAGACUAAUAAUGGCAUUACUGAGGUUGAUGGAACAAUCCACAGACCAAUUAGUGUAACUUUGUUCAAGGAGGAACCUGGAAGAGAUCCCAGUUUGUUAGAAAACACUUUGAAAGAGCUUCCUAACAAGAAUCAGGAAGAAGCAUCAGCUGGGGGAAAAGCCACUACAGAACAAAGCCAGAUUGCAAAAAAUCAAAUUGGAAAUUCUGAGUUACCAAGAUCAUUGGAAGAUUCAGAUAAUAAUUAUUUUGACACCCAAAAAAGUCAGUGUCUUUGGAAAAAUGAAGAUGAUACAGCUAUCAGUAGAACACAGGACAAUCAGAUAGGUGAAAAAGAGUACAUCACCUUACCAGAUCACCCUUUACUUCCUUGUCAGCCUAUUCUUCCUUCAGGAAUAACUGCUAUCUCUUUAUUACAAACUGAAACUUAUGUUGGUUGGAAGAAAAAAUACUUGGAAACAAAAAAAGUCACCGCAUCAAUGGAGGAGGUUUUAACAAACCUUCGAGAAGAUUUGGAACUCUACUACAAAAAACUGCUCAUGCUACUUGAAGCCAGGGAGAUCAAGAUGAGACCAAAGAAUCUGGCAAGCAUCACAGGCCGUAAGAAUUACCUUAUAAUCCAGAUCACUGAGGUGCAGCAUGCAAUUGACCAGCUUAAGCGAAAACUGGAUACUGACAAAAUGAAACUCAUAAUAGAAGUUAAGAGGAGAAAACAAGCAGUUUCAGAUUUACGAACGUUGAAAACUGGCACAGAAAAAAAUUGAUACGUCUCUACAAUCUCAGUAAGGGAGCAUUGGCUGCCGCAGUACAUUCUGACCAGAUCUGACUUCGUUCAUCAUAAGACAUCACGAAGAGGAAGUCACAAGCAUCUGCAAUUCCAGUAUAAUUAUAACAUCUUCUGUCUAUGUUCUUUGGAGACCAAGCAACAUCAAAAGUUACCUGUGGAAAAAAAUUUUACUACUUUAUGUAACAUGAUCAAAUAUGCAUAUUAUGUCAGAUUUUUAAGAUUAUAUACUUUCUUACCUUAUACUACACAAGGAAGAACUGUUUAUGGUAUAUGAAUGUAGGGUUUGACACACACAGAACUUGAACCAUUCUAAGAAAUAUUUUUUUGCUUAUACUUAUAGUUGGACAUACAAUGACCAGGAGCAGGAUACUAUAUAGAAGAUGGCCUUCAAACUCAAAAUGUCUUCAAACGCUAGGCUGGUACUUCAGCUGAUUAAAAGAAGCAGGUAUAAUGACAAUAGGGUAUGGUAAUGCCCCUGAGCAACUAGAGAGUAAAGGCACACUAAAAGAAUUCAAAUACAAAAGUUUUUAAAAUAUUGUGCAGGUUAAAUGUGUCACCUGUUGGCACAACCUAACUGGUUUGUGAGUUUUGGCACCUGAUUCACAAUCACCUUAUAUGGUAGGUUUGGCCCAAUAUUACAGUUAGACAAUAGUAGUUUCAUGGCCCACAGGUAUAGAUUAAUCAACUAAAAACGUUGAACACAUAAUUUAAAUGAUAUUAUUUUAUGGAAAUAUUCAAAUAAGUGUUGAGUAAUAUAUUAUCUUUAAUUUUUGUGGGGUUUUUUUUU